UGCCGGGUGUAAUUUAGGUUGUCGUCGCCGCCGCUGUCUUUUUUUCUUUUUGUUAGCCGCGAUGGUGGAACUGCUGGAAGGCGCGGACGGCUGGAGCGUGUCGUUCGCGGGCUGCGGCUUCCUGGGCGUCUAUCACAUCGGUGCGGCUACCUGCCUGCAGGAACGCGCACCUCGCCUCCUGCGCGACGCCCGCUGCAUUUACGGCGCCUCGGCGGGGGCGCUUGCCGGCGCAGUCCUCAUCGGAGGCGGCUCUCUGGCACAAGCUUGUGCAGAUGUUUUCAAUCUAGCUAAAGAAGCCAGGAAACGAAAUCUUGGUCCUCUUCACCCUUCCUUCAACGUGAUGAAAAUAAUAAGAGACGGCCUCUGCAAAAAUCUUCCCGAAAACAGUUACAAAUUAUUAUCAGGGAAAGUUUCAAUUUCACUAACAAGAGUGUCUGACGGGGAAAACGUAUUAAUAUCCGAUUUUAAUUCCAAAGAAGAGGUUGUGCAGGCCCUGCUUUGUAGCUCAUUUGUGCCUAUAUAUUGUGGUGUCAUUCCACCUUCAUUUAGAGGGGUGCGCUACGUGGACGGUGGUUUAAGUGACAACUUACCUCGCUAUAAUUUGAAGAACACCAUCACUGUUUCUCCUUUCUCUGGGGAAAGUGACAUUUGUCCCAAGGGGAACUCUGCAAACUUCCACGAGAUGCGUCUCACCAAUACAAGCAUUCAGUUUAGCUUAGGGAACAUGUAUCGUUUAACUCAAGCACUUUUUCCUCCAGAGCCCCAGUUGCUAGCUGAACUCUGCGAACAAGGAUAUUCAGAUGCUCUUAGAUUUUUGAAAAAAAAUGGUUUCCUGCAAGAAUCAGUGUCUGUGGACUUAGCCUUAACCAAGCAGGAACAUCUGGAAUAUGGUCAAAUCUCAGGCUACAGCGAUAAAAAAAAUACAGCACAUAGAGACAAAAAAGAGAUGCAAGACGAAAAAUUAUUUAUUGAUCAGCUGAAGGCAACAUCUUGGUCAUUGGAUAGGACUAUUUUUGAGAAGCUGCCUCCUAGACUACGUAAAGCAUUACAAGAAGCUUGUAAAGAAAAAAGGGGAGUCUACACUCAACUUUCAAAAUGUCUUCCCAUGCGACUCAUGUCCUACAUGAUGCUACCAUACACUUUGCCGGUUGAGUCUGCCUUCUGUGUGGUUGUAAGAUUGGUCCAGUGGUUUCCUGACAUCCCCGAGGAUGUGCGAUGGAUGCACGGGCAACUUUCCCAAAUGAUGGGUUCAGUCUAUGGCCGAACAAUGAAAGGGCUCCUGAAGACUCCAAGCAAAUUAAGCGGAAUCUUGCUUAGAAAAUGCCAGACGGCCCCGGGGAAGCCUUGCCUUCAUCUGCCCUACCCAUCUCCUAAAGUGUGUCACUCUUUUCCCAGUCUUGAAGAAUGGCUCUGGAGUCUCCCCUAUUGCGAAUACUUGACGAAGGAGAAGGGUGCAAUUAGUAAUUCCGACAGCUCUAGUUCCGUCGCUUCCUUUUUCAUGGACACUGAAACAUCCGGAACGUCUACGGAUAUUGAUUCCUCCUCGGAGAAAAGUUUUUAUUCUGUCUCUGAAGAUUAGGUUGGGGCACGAUAUUAGGCAGGGAAAUUUAAACCUUUGAGGUAUGUGUUCUUCUAGCACUUGACCAAACAAUCUUUUAGGAUACUGCUUCUCGAUCUGAGCAACUUUGAGGUGCUAAGGUGCUAAGUAGAAGUGGGCUUCAACUCAGCACACUAUCACACCCGAAUUCUGAGAGUUGAAGCCCACCCAUUUUAAUGUUGCUGAGGUUGGGAAACUCAACUUUAGGAAGUCUUUGUUUACAACUGAGGCAUCGUUUCUGACUUCAGUUUAGGCUCCUUGUCUUGUUUCUUGAGAGUGGACAAACGGUCGAGAAAGCCAAGUGCCGUGGAAUAUUUUUGUACCCAAACAGCAACAACAACAUUCAGCAGGAAGACAAUCUACAUCUCCUCUGUUGAUGUUUUUUUGGCUGGGAUAAGCAUUUGUAGCACAAUGUUAACUACCUUUUAUUUUUUUGGUUUUAAAAAAUAACAGGUUUUACAUCAAGAUCUGUAGCUCUUGUGUGACUUUUAAAAAGUCCCUCCCCCCCUCCCGCACUUGUGUGGAAUUACACGUCUCCUACUUAAAGAGAUAGAGAAUGCAGGAACUUUGAGGAGUUCCUUUUUUAAAACUUGACAUCUCUGGCAGAGAGGUCUCGUUCAAAAUUAUUAAACAGGAAAAUCUAUUUUUCAUUAAAAAUGUACUGUUUUUAUAUUGUUAAUAUUAUAGGGGAUGUUGGAAAGUUUCUGGAUGUCCCAAUUUCUUCUCUUUUUAUUGGACUUUUUCUGAAAUUAAUCUCCGGGAACACUAGUUGCGCUGAAAUGAAUCGCUUUUUAAAAAAAAUUUAUGAACCUUGGUGGCGCAGUGGUUAGGGUGCAGUACUGUAGGCUAC